AUGCAACGCCUCACCGUCUCCCCCGCCGCAGCGCGGGCCCUCCUGCGCCGCCGCCAGUGCGCCGCCGCCGCGCGCGCCUCCAUGGCCAUGGCCGCAGCGCGCGUGUCGGCGUUUUCCACCCAGCAGCGGCGACUGCUCGAUGCGCAAAAGAGCAAUAGCAGCAGCAACAACAACCACACCGCGACCGGCGGCAGCGGCAGCGGCAGCGGCGCAAAAAAGCCCGCCGAGGACAACCCCUUCGAGACCAACUUUGCGGGCCUGGGGCUCAGCAAGAACAUGAAGGUGUUCCUCAUCGUCGUCGUGUCCAUCUUUGGCACCAUGGAGACGUGGAUGUACUGCAAGGCCAUCUGGCGGUGGUGGAAGGGCGGCGACGACAAGGGCGCCGCGGCCGCGCUGCAGCAGGAGUGA